AUUCAGUAGCCAUCGCGUAGUCUGAACAAGAAGUGCACGAUGAGAUUUCUGGUCGCUUUCGUCGCCGUUCUCGGCUAUGCCUCCGCUGGGGUGAUCUCCCCUCUAGUGUUGGGCGUCAACCCUGGUGACGCCCAAGCCGCGGCUAUUGAUGCUACAGUAGCGGCACAGGACACCGUGCGCGCUAUCGGCGAAGGCCAGGCUCGCGCCGCUGAAGCCGCCGUCCUACACAACACCGAAGCUGUCCGCCAGGUCGCUGAAACCACUCGCGACAUCAACGAGAACGCUUACUGGAACAGCGUCGCCGCCGGCCAGAAUGUGGUUGCCGCCGUCCAGUCCCAAGCCGCCGCUCUCGAUGGAGUCGCUAACGCUCGUGUCGCUCAACUGACCAUCCCUGGAGUUCCACUUGCAGCACCGUACAUCGCCGCCGCUCCCGUCGGUCUCGCCGCACCCUAUGGUCUUGGUCUCGGCGCUCACGCCGUCGGUCUACGUGCCUGGUAAACGGGCAUCGUUGAGCCGUUGAAAAAUAACGUUAGGAAAAACUAGUUAUUUUAUAUCAGCUUUUUUGAUAACGUUAUUUUUAACGGCUAUUAACGUUCGGCAGCCUUAUCGGUUAGUAACAGCACUAACCGACGAUGCUACCAUUUGUCGGUUACUGGCAACACCGAUUCUAUGAAUUAAAUGUUGCCAGUUAAACGGCGUCGUCAAACCUCAUAGCGUUCCACAACGGAAAUUUGCUCAACUUACGAUACAAAGGUCUCAACUACAGUAACUCUCUUUGUGAAUUUUACAAAAUAUCAUGCCAUCACUGCCAAAGUGUAAAUAAAACACAUGUUUUUACAU